CCUGCGCCGACGAAACCUGCUCCAAAGCUUGAAAAGCGGCAGUCUAAGAUGUCUCUAUUUAAUCUCUUCAGUCGUCCCAACGUUGAGAAAGCGAGAGGCCACCACGAGUCCGGUCUCGCGAUGUACGAAGCGCAGCAGCAGAAGCUUGAAAGCAAACAGGACCUUUCCAUGCUCGAAGGGGAUGCAGACAUCAAGAAGUUUGACAAAGGGAAGACAGCCCAUAAGAGACUAGUUUCUGCUUCCAUUAUGAACCCGCCCGAUCUAACUACCAAGGUAUAUGUCUUGGUUACAUCAGGAUACGUACUACAAUACGCCGGCGAGGGCCCCUCGGACCGGCUCCCAGAGAAGAUUCUACAAUUAGGAACGGAAUCAGCCGCAUUUGCCUGCGAUCUCAUCCCAGGAAAGCAUUGGGUGCUACAGAUAUCUCAAUCGGCGAAAGAGGAUGGGACGGUAUCAUCGUUCCCUGCGAAAUCUCUGUUGUCACGCCUGCGGCUACAAAGUUCCGGGGCUAAGAGGACUGCCUCGAGCUUUUUUCUGAUCAUGGAAAGCGCCGAAGAAAUGGAUACAUGGCUCACAGCUGUGCGAAGAGAGAUUGAUACAUUAGGUGGGAUGAAAUGCAGGACAGAAUCCGAUCCUCUCCCUAGCACCGAACCUGCUGUAGAGACAGGGUUGCGACACAGACCUAGCCAUCGCUAUAACGUCCAUCGUGAUCCCAAUCGCUUCGGAAACAGCCAGUCUCCCAUUAACUCUCCCGUCCAAUCACCUAUCGAUUCCCCCAUCAUUGUUACCCAGAACUGGGAGGGUAGCCGU